AUGGGGACUGUGGCCUCACAAGUCGAGAGAGGAGAUAGAGGCUUUGGCUCCAGUGAUGUGGUUUUUUGGUUACAGGAAAUCACUCAGAAUAGACCUAUGAAAGUACUUUUAGUAGAAGGAAAACCAAUAAAUGGCCUUAUGGACACAGGGGCUGAUGUAUCCUGCGCUGCUGGAAAAGAUUGGCCUGUCUCUUGGCCAUUAUCCCAGACUCCUACCACGCUGGUGGGGCUGGGACAGGCACCACAGGCCGAGAAAAGUUCUCAAAUCUUACAUUGGCAGGACGAAUCUGAACCUCAAUGUAAUGGUACUUUUCAGCCUUACGUUAUUCCUGCUAUACCUUUUACCUUGUGGGGAAGGGAUGUUCUCUCUCAAAUGGGUGCAUUUCUCUACAGUCCUAGCCCUCAAGUAACGGCGCAAAUGACCCAAAUGCACUUUGACCCUACUCGAGGUCUGGGAAAAAAUCAACAAGGUAUUAAGAUACAGGCCUCUCCUCAGAAUAGAUCUCCCCGGCAGCAGACUUUUCUGAAAAACAAUUAUUAUGGGAUACCCUUAAUAAGCCUUUCACGGCUGCCGGCUUCAUUCCCUCCUCUAACACUCACUCCUCCCUUUAAUCAAGGGAAAUAG